UCCCCUCCCUCCCUCCCUCCCCGCCUGCAGGUCGCUGGCCGCAGUUGCACGUGUGAACGGGAGCGCCGCAGCCGCUGGGUCGACCUGCCCCCCCCGUCUGCCCGCUGGAGGUCCCUGCCGGGCAGAAACAUGGGCGACCGCCGGGACGUCGUGGUGGGCGACGUCAACUCCAACCUGCCGAUCGCCCGCAGCACCGGCGACGCCCAGCUGGACCAGGCGGUCGGGCAGUGGCUGGCCUGGGACGAGAAUCCUAAAACCAAAGAGCAGAUUGAAAGUCUGCUGCGAAAUGGGAGGAACAAGGAGCUGCGAGAUCGUCUGUGCCGCAGACUGACCUUUGGGACCGCCGGUCUGCGCUCUGCCAUGGGGGCUGGCUUUUGCUACAUCAAUGAUCUUACUGUGAUCCAGUCGACACAGGGGAUGUACAAAUACCUGGAGCAAUGUUUUUCCGACUUCAAGCAACGUGGUUUUGUGGUGGGGUACGACACGCGAGGGCAGGUGACCAGCAUGUGCAGCAGCUUCAGACUUGCCAGGCUCACAGCAACAGUCCUGCUUGCAAAGGGUGUUCCUGUUUACUUGUUCUCAAGAUAUGUCCCCACGCCUUUUGUGCCGUACGCUGUCCAGCAGCUCAGGGCUGUUGCUGGGGUGAUGAUUACGGCUUCCCACAACCGCAAAGAAGACAACGGCUACAAGGUGUAUUGGGAAAAUGGCGCUCAGAUCACAUCCCCGCAUGAUAAAGAGAUCCUGAAAUGUAUCGAGGAAUGUGUCGAGCCAUGGAACGGCUCCUGGAAUGAAAAUCUGGUAGACAGCAGCCCUCUCACUCGAGAUCCUCUGCAAAAAAUCCGUGCAAGCUACAUGGAGGAUCUAAAAAAGAUUUGUUACCACCGAGAGCUGAACACAAAGACCCCCUUGAAAUUCGUGCAUACGUCUUUUCACGGGGUGGGGCAUGACUACGUACAGCUGGCUUUCCAGGCGUUUGGCUUCCAGCCCCCCAUUCCAGUCCCUGAACAAAAAGAUCCCGAUCCAGACUUUUCCACCGUCAAAUGUCCCAACCCCGAAGAAGGAGAAUCGGUGUUGGAACUCUCUUUGCGGCUGGCGGAGAAAGAGGGAGCCCAGGUGGUGGUGGCUACGGAUCCUGAUGCCGACAGGCUCGCUGUGGCAGAACGGCAGGAAAAUGGCCACUGGAAAGUCUUCACAGGCAACGAACUGGCUGCGUUGUUUGGCUGGUGGAUGUUUGGUUGUUGGAAGGAGACUUGCCCGAAAGAUGCUGAUGUGAAGGAUGUUUACAUGUUGGCCACCACUGUUUCCUCCAAAAUUCUGAGGGCCAUCGCUCUCAAGGAAGGAUUUAAUUUUGAAGAGACCCUCCCUGGCUUCAAAUGGAUCGGCAGCAGAGUUAAGGAUCUCCUGGACAGCGGCAAAGAAGUCCUUUUUGCUUUUGAAGAGUCCAUUGGCUUCAUGUGCGGCACGUCGGUGCUGGACAAAGACGGCGUGAGUGCUGCUGUGGUCAUAGCGGAAAUGGCCGCGUGUCUGGAGACCAAGGGCCAAACUCUGGCCCAUCAGCUAACCGAGAUCUAUAAAACGUAUGGCUACCACCUUUCAAAAACCUCCUACUUCCUGUGUUAUGAUCCUCCUACUAUCAAAAGGAUAUUUGAAAGGCUUCGGAACUUCGAUUUGCCUGAUUCUUACCCAGCCUCGUGUGGCACUUACAGGAUUCUCCAUGUCCGGGAUGUCACCACCGGCUAUGACAGCAGCCAGCUGAAGAAGAAAUCGGUGUUGCCCGUGAGUAAAAACAGCCAGAUGAUCACCUUCACGUUCCAGAACGGCUGUGUUGCCACGCUCCGGACAAGUGGGACGGAACCAAAGAUUAAGUACUACGCUGAGAUGUGUGCGCCGCCAGGCCAGAGCGAUGUCGCCUCCUUGGAAGAGGACCUGGUGAAGCUCAUCGAGGCCCUGGUGGAGCAUUUUCUGGAGCCCAGCAAGAACAAACUCACCUGGCGCUCUGCGUAGCAGCCCCCUGGCCUCGGCUGCCACCGAAGGCACUCCUUGCCCUGUGUCCCGUGGAACCGAGGAACCAAGAGGAGGGCUGCCCCUCCCAUCCCUUUCAUAGGUGUCCGUGAGUGUUGCUGCGUGGGAUGUCUGCGUCCCCAGCCAGCAUCCCUACAGGAGAGCAAUCCCACUUUGUCCGCUCGGUGCACCCAGCAGUCAACUGCUUUGGGGCUGGCCGGGGUGGCCGCAAGAGGGACAGAACCAAUGAGGAGGGACUCUGGCUUCAUCUCCUGCUGUUUUUUCCCCACGGCGAAGUCCAACUGUCUAAAUUCCUUGCUAUACAGAGGCCCCUCUGGAGCCAGGAAACUGCUGGAUUACAAAAGAAUAAGGGUAUUAGACUGAGAAAAGGUCCUGCUUCUUCACAGUUGGUGAGAGUUAUCACUGUAUCUUUACUGUGCUACCGAGUCUUAAUUUUAUCCGUCGUUUUGGCUUUCUAGCUCAGCCUGUGAUAUUCAGUAGUCGUAGGGGUCCCAGCUGUUUAGAUCUCCUCCCGUUCCGAAAGAUCCUCUUCGGCUGUUGAAUUUCCAUCUGAAAAUUUUGCUUCCUGAGAUUGACUUGAGCUGUUACCAGUCAAGACAGGCUCCCUUAAUUUGUGAACACAACCAGUCAUAGUUAAACUUUAUAGGAAGGAAGAGACUUGCAAACAGAGCUUGUUAGGCCCUUGUCAAAUCGAAGGAGCUGAGGUCCGUCUGCGUUGUGAUGGAGAUCCCAUCUCUCCCCAGCAGUUUGUGUGAACAAGCGCUGGCUUGCAAGGUUGCUCUUCAGACACCUUUCAGAGAGAGUGGACAUUGUAGACAAUCUUGGCCUUCAGAAGUUUAAGGUUUUAUGCUUUUCCAAGGAAAGAGAUUUCUUUGGAAUAUUUUGGUUUGGCUAAGAGACUCCAGGAAAACGGGGCAAGGGUGGAGAAUUGUGCAUCCAGAGCAGCGUUCCCCAACCUGCUGCCCUCCAGAUGUAUUGGCCUCCCUCUUCCCAAUUUCCAAAGGCCGUGCCGGCUCAGAGGCCUGGAAAUUGAAGUCCAGCUUCUCUCAAGGGCACCAGGUGGGGAAGAUGUCUGAGGCAGAUCAUGGGACGUACACCAUUUGGUGCAUUUUUCAACCUGCUGGGCUAGGUUGUAGCCAGUGGCAACCAUGGAAAAUAGAGUGGGCAAAUUUGGCCCAGCUGGCAUCACUGCAGAAUCUUUGGCUUGGAUCAUUGACCAUGCAGGAUGUUGCUAGUGCAUCCCAUGAGGAAGAAUGUAGCUGUAAGGUUGAUUUGGAAGCACAGAACUCAGAUGCAGCUGCCAGGGCUCUGUGGUAGAUGGAGCUUGUGCGUGGAAUCCACAGCUUUUAUUGUCAUGCUCAUUUCUGCCUUGGCAAAUAAUCUCGAGAAUUGUGAUUUACGUAGUUUCGGGAAAAUGCAAGAACUGGGCCUGGAUUACAUCACAGGGAACUGCUGUGUAACUGUGUGAAAAAUCAUGCAGUAACAGGAAUGAAGCAAAACUUUUGCACAUGAAAAGCAUGUUGCAGGGAUUUUUAAAAUUUAUUUGUACAGAUUUAAGCUUCUACUUGUACAGUCUAGGCACAGAUUUACCACCUUUCUCAGUUAAAUUAUUUAGCUUUGAGAUUGGAAGUGUUACUCUAGGUCAUUCACUCAACAGGCUCUUUUCGAAGUGGUGUUUCAAGUUGUGCAAUGGAUAUUCUUGAUAUAUUUUGUCCUCAGUUUUCAUGCAGUAUUUAUUUAUUUAUUUAUUUUGCUUUUAUUUAAAGCUUAAAUACCUUCCAGGUUGUCUAUACUUUGAGUGAAAGAUACGGAAUGCCAUUUUUUUAAAACUCUGUUUUUUCUUUUUCCUUUUUCUGUAUAUUUGCAAGAGCUCCUAUUCUUGGGAGGAAAACCUAAUUUAUGCGGUGGAAGGCUUCCAGACAAAUGUGGAUAACUGUUGCUUGAGUUCUAUAACCUAAUUUAAAAUGCCAUCAAAGAACAGAGGCAGGAGAACACGAUGCCUUUCGGCUUUUCCUGCACUUCUUUCUAAUUUUGGCAAAGAACAAUCUUUUUUUGGAACAAACAACAAAUAUGAAAGAACAAAAUAGUCUCUGUUUGCUGGCAUGCGGUCUCUAGAAAGGCCUGGUAGUGACAGAAGACCAAAACUUCCCAGUUCAUAUAACGGAGAAGUUAGAUGAGAAAUCCCAAGUAAUUGAGAUUCCUGCGUGACAUCCCUUUGUGGGUGGGGAAGAGAGUGUGGUGGAUGCUGUUGAGAAAGUGCACCCCAAAACAGCAGAAUAAUUGUGCUAUAUCUGGUAAUUGCAGCACCUCCUUUCUCUGAAUGCUCGAAAAUCAGCCGGAUUCUGUUUCCUUUCCUUUUCUCCCUUUGGCUAACUGUGAGGAGCAGCAUGGAGGCCUUUGACGGUGGGCUCCCACCAGCCUUUCAGCUGGGUGUCUGAUUCCUUGCUCAAAUACAUGGGACAAUAUUAUUAGUCAGCCCCCUAGGAAAUGUGUUGUGGUUUGUUUACAACGCUGCUUCCAUUUUGUGUGGCACUGUUAAUAUAAUGAGAAUUGACUAUUGGGUGGGUUUUUUUUUAAAGUUUUGUGAUUGUUCUGCUUACAUUUUCUUUUCUUUUUGUUUUGCACCAUUAAGGGAAUCUUCAUUCUCUUGCAUGCUCCCUGUUGACCUCCCUGUGAUGAAGUUAUGGGUUUAAAAAUAAUGCAGACAGGAGGCCUGCAAAUUGGGGCAGUAUUUGCUUUGCUCCAUUUUAAUUUGAGAGAACAUCUGCUUCCCACCAAGUAAACAGAUGUCUUAACUGUCUUCCUUGUCUUACCUUGGUUGUGAAAGUCAGUGGCAGCAACUGUCUUUCCGGAUAGGGGAGUUUGGGGCAGUUGCACAAGAGUGAAGGUUCGAUCUUUAUUGUGACGGAGAUCCUUUUGGAGCUCUGCUGUGGUUGGGCAGAAUGUGCGUUUUCUCACUGUCAUUCGUGGCAGGAGAAGCCAACUUCUGCAGUGCCGUGUAGAAACCUCAUGGAUGCUUGAGAGGUCCUUCAGCUCACGACCACAGGAAGUACUGAAAUUACAAUUUGGCACUGGAAGUGCCAUCUCUGCUUCUAUGUGCAACCCCUCCUAUGCACCACCCAGAUUCUCUCUUGCACAUCUUUGGCCUUGACAACAUGGCUGCUUCCCAGGCAGCUGGGGGGUUGAACCCUCCUGGCCAAACAACCUGCUUGAUACCUGUGUGUGUGUGGCGGGGGCGGCUGUGGGGAUGGUUCAAAGUGACACUGCAGCCGGAUUGGGAUUUGGGCAGGGGUCUGGCCACAGAGAGCUUGCCCGUGGAGUGAGAGUGCCGAAGGAGGUGGUGCUGUCUUGGAGCCCGGCCGCCCCCUGGUCGAGCACCAGAGAAGCUCUUUGACUCCAUGAGCUAGAGCCCAUGGUGGUAAUUCACACCCAGGGCUGGAGGGCUGGGCAGGUCUUUGGGCAGGGAUCCCACGGUGUAGUUUUCUACUUUGGGAGAAUUAGAGUCAGUCUUGUUGAGAGCUUCCAUCAGAAAAUGAGAUCCUGCUUCAGGCCUCUCAGGACUCAUGACUGGACAUUCAAGGAGGUCCCUGGGUGUGGCCAGCACCGAAGCCUGGGUAGACCUCUCUUGGUCAGCCUUAGGAGGGUGAGAGGUUACGUCACGUUCAAGAGGCCUUUACUGACCAUUAUAAAAGAGUUUGAACGUCCUUGAUCAGAAGUGUGUGGAAUUACUUUGGACGGUUGACUCCCUGAGUGGCCUUUAUUACAAGUGGCAAGAGAGGUGUGUUACUGUCUCAUGGCCACAGCCCUUGUUUCCUCGCACAGACACCAAAGUGUUGAAGGGUUCUUCAGGAAGAGAAGGUCUUUCACCCCGUGGAUGGGCCACGUUGCGAGGGCUCUGGCCCAGAGUCAAGCCCUCCACGCCAGGGUGGAACUGUGCCCCUUUGCCCAGCUUGCGAGUGGCGUUAAGUUGGACUUGAGCAUGCUGAAGGUUCUUUAUGCUGCUUCAUAGGCUCCCUUGGAAAGUCAGACAUGUCCACAUUUAGGUAGAUCCAAUGUUUGCAUGCAGUAGCAGGGAUGCCCCCAAGAACUCCGCUGAGUAAGUAUGACUCCUUUCGUUCGUAUCAGCAUCUUCAUUUAUUUGGUACCCACCUAACUUAAAAAGUGGGGUUGCACUUAAUGCCUUUCCGCCCGGUUGGUCCUGUAAUUCUACUGGCUGCUGCUUAGUCUGUCUGAUUCAGGGGAUGCAAACGGCUUCGUUCGGGGGGCCGUGACGCACCUCUUCCUGCUCUUCAGCUAAAUCUUAAGCACAGCACCCAAGAAGCCCUUUGUGAUCCUUCGUUUUCAAACGUGCUUUGUACCUAAGAGACGACAAUUAUAUUAUCAAUGUGGACUGAAACUUUGCACUUUUUUCCCCCCUGUUGGAAGUAUUUUGUGUCUGGAUUUUGAUGUUGAUUUAGUUAAAGUGUUAAGUUAAUAAAAUGUUCUGUUGA